AUGUCCUACCAGCAAAAGCAGCAGCAGUGUCAGCCCCCGCCCAAAUGCCCCUCACCCAAGUGUCUCCCAAAGAGCCCAGCACAGUGUCUGCCUCCAGCCUCCUCCAACUGUGCUCCAAGCCACAGGGGCUGUGGCCCCAGCUCUGAGGGCGGCUGCUGCCUGAGCCACCACAGGCCCCGCAGGUCCCACCGGUGCCGGCUCCUGAGCUCCGACUCCUGUGAUGGGGGCAGUGGUCAGCAAGGAGAGGACUCCGGCUGCAGCCACAGCUCUGGGGGUUGCUGCUGA